GGGUGUGAUCAAUGGAUGGACCCGAGAACGGGAACGGGCUGUCCAGGCCAGGCUCUUCUUGUUGACCCGUUAUGACACGUGGCACGACCGUAACCCAAGGUACCUCCUCCUCCUCCUCCUCCUCCCCCUCGUACCUAUAUAGUACGCUGCCCAUUUUCCAACCAAUGCACCAACUGAACCAUGACAACUACUCCAUCAACAACCUCUCUGCUCACGCUCCCGGAAUCCCACCGGCUCGCGACCCUGGCGCGACGGCUCCGUCUCUACAAGCCGCCUCCUCCUGGGCAAACGGAUCGGCAGCAGCAGCACGAAAAGCCAGACUGCUCCGAAACGGUCGUCGGCCGGAGGUUGGAGACCACGACAGAGUCUCUCCACCGCAGGCCCAAUCGGGCGAGAGCCGCGGUCCUCGUCUGCCUCUUGGAAGGCAGCGGCCACGGCAGCGAUCUGCGCGUCCUCCUCACCAAACGCGCCUCCACGCUUUCUGCUUACCCUGGAGAAGUUUCAUUGCCUGGUGGGAAACGGGAGGACGGCGACGCCGACGACGUAGCGACGGCCUUGAGGGAGGCCAAGGAGGAGAUCGGGUUGGACCCGUCUCUCGUUGAAGUCGUCACUGUUCUUCAACCGUUUGUGACCAAGAUAGGCAUGACGGUAGUUCCUGUGGUUGGCAUUCUUUCCGACAAGAAUGCGUACCGUCCAGCCCCAAAUCCAGCCGAGGUGGAAGCCGUCUUUGAUGCACCAUUAGAAAUGUUUCUUCAGGACGAAAACAGAAGGGUGGAGGAGAGGGAGUGGAUGGGAGAUAAGUAUCUGCUCCAUCAUUUCGACUAUCAAACAGCGGAUAAGAAGUAUGGAAUAUUUGCUCUAACAGCUGGAAUAUUGAUAAGGACCGCAUCCAUCGUGUACCAGCGGCCGCCAGCAUUUGCAGAGCUCUGUCCCAAAUUUUGGCAUUCCUAGGAUGUUCUGUGUUGUUGCAUAAUCAGUAACAAUCUCCAAUUUUUGUUCAUCUAAUGUAGAGACAGAAACCUGAAUUUGAGCUACCAACCCGGUUAGCAUCGAUUAAUAAUCGAGAAACUCAUUCCUUUGAAAGACUGAAUGUUGUAGCGAAUUUGAAAUCAUGAUGGAUAUUUGGGUAUCGAUUCUCA